CUGGGCCCCCGGAGACACAGGCGUGGUGUUUGUGGGCUGGUGGCAUGAGCCCUUCCGGCUGGGCAUCCGUUUCUGCACCAAUCGCAGGUCAGCCCUGUUCUACGUGGACCUCACCGGGGGGAAGUGUGGUAAGUGCUGGCACUCUCCUGUGCUCUGCCAACAUGUGCCGGCCUGCCAGCCUGCGUGACGCGCACAUUUCUGUCUGGGCCAGAGCGCCUCUCGGACGACUCUGCGGCGGUGUCUUCCCCCCGGCUCAGCCCAGACCAGUGUCGCAUUGUCUACCUGCGGUACCCAUCUCUUGUCCCUCAUCAUCAGUGUAGUCAGUUGUGUCUGGUGAGCUGGGGGCGGUGGGGGAGGCCGGCAGGAGGAGGGCGUGGCGGAUGAGAGCUGAAGGGCCAGCCCCGUCUCCCUGUGGGCCCCAGUGGGCCCCUGUUUCUGCCCCCUACAGGCCUAUAAGAGUACUUCCCUACGGCGACCUACCAACCACAGGCACUGUUGUUGGGCCGCACGAUACCGCAAUCUACGGGGCGGAGCCUCGCAGGGGGUGGAGCCUAAGUUGACAUUUUGAGGCUCUUGUUCAGUCCGCGUCAUUUGCAAAACCAAUAGCCGUCGGGAGCGCGAACAGAUCUUCGUCAGGAGCCUGAGAUUCAAACCCGCGAGGCCGGGCUCUACGCUGGACGCAGCUCCGCGGAACCAGGACUCAGCCCUCCCGGAGGCGCCCCCCGAACUCCAGGACUCGCCCCGCUCCCCACCCGGCCCGCCUCACCUGUCAUCGAGACUGGUCACUGCGGGCAGGGCCCGGCCCUCUCACGCCCUCGCCCUCCCAGGUCCCGGAGCGCCGCCCGCAGCGCCGUCGAGGUGAUGAUGGGCAGCCGGCUCCGCAGCCCCAGCGCCUGCGCUGCGCCCUGCUGGGGGCUGCAGCCCGCGGAACCAGGCCCUGCCAAGCGCCGCCGAACCGAAGAGCCUGAGGGCCCUGCGUCCACGACAGCGCCCAGCCUGCAAGUUCCCGCGGGGCCCCCGUUCGCGGGUGCGCUCAUCUCCAUGGUGGUCCUGGCCGCGGGCAGUGCCCUGAAAGUGCGGCUGGACGAUGUCGACCUGGUGGUGCUGGAGCCCGCGCCAGCAGCGGUCCUCCAAGUGUCUCUCGAGGAUUACACCCUCAUGCUGGUCCCCGAGGCCCUCCUGGAGGGAGGGCAGGGCCCCUCGCCUGUCGGCCUGGAACCCGGCGCUUUACUGAGCACUCCCGAGAAGGAUGUCGCGGUCGAGCAGGGACUCCUUUCUGGAUCUGUCCCAGAGAUCGCCGCCCAAGAAGAGGCCUAUGAGGAGGACGCCGACCCCGAGUUCUCGCCGCCUUGGGUGGACCUUGCAGUGGGCUCAGUAGCUUGGCUCUGCCCCUUUGUUGCAACGCCGCCCAGACCCGACCUGCAGGGCUGCAUGCCAGAGCCCUCGCCUUGGACCCCUGUCCCUAGUGCAGAGAGACGCUCUCCUGGCCCCUACUUCAACCUGGACUUGCACCUUCUGGAGCCCUUCCCCAGCUCACCGCUCCAACCUCUACCUCCCUCUCCGAGUCGAGGUCCGCAGGUGCGCCCCCAGCCCCCGCCUGGUCCUCCGCCCAAGACCCGGAGACGCCUGUUCCAGGACUGAACUGCCCCCACCACCACCACACACAUGCCACCACCACCCCACCACCUCCCCGCCACACACACACACAGGCUUGUGGAAUUGCCAACAGCCUUUACGGUGAAUAUCCUACAACUUGGAAAUUGAGCACUUCAUGUGUAAACUCCUUUUCUGUGCAGACUGGCUACAGUAGAAGAUGAAGACAUCUGGAAGAGAAAGUAGAUUCUAGAUCUCAUCUUUGAAAUCGAGCAUCUGCCCAGAAAUACCAAUGUGUUUUCAGACAUUGGCGCUUUUCUACAAGAAAGGUCCCUCCAUUCCCCUCCAUUCCUCUCUGUCCCCCUCAUUUUGCGUCAGUUAUUUUCACUUAAACUCUACCCUUUCUGCAGCACUAUACGGCUGCCCCCAUCUCCAAACCUUGAAAUCACUGGAUUUCUCAUGUUGUGAGUUUCCUCGUAUGUUUUCCUGUGAAUUUAUCAAGACUCUUAGCCAUGGUUUUCUCCUUGGUGUUUCCAACUGCUCUUCUGGAAAACUGCAAAAAAGCCUAAUAGUUACUUUACUAUAUAUAAUAGUAUGAUGUUUGCUCAUUGCUCUUAACCUGCUGAAGUUCUCUUCCAGUCAGUUCACUUUUCAUUAUAAAUAAAUGUUGAAUUUUAUCAGAUGUUUUCCACAUGCACUGGGAUAUGUAUUUCUUUUUUAAAUGUGUUCAUCUGGUAAUUUCCACCGAUAAACUGAUGUAAAAUGUUUGCUAUUCCUGCAAUCCCACAUUACUUUGAACUUUUUAAAUUCU